AAGACAUAAGGUUUUUUUCCUUGAACUCCAAACACUUUGUAAAGCUUUGGAAGUAGCCUAACGGAUGAAGAGUCCCGGGUGUUAUAAACUUUUGGAUUAAUUUGACAUUGAACGAGAUGGCGCAUCUGUCUUUGUACUGCAUGCUGGCUCUGUCGUUUUUACAGUUGGUGGCCUCAUCGGGUGUAUUUGAAUUGAAAGUUCACUCGUUUAGUACAACACUCCACUUCGUCAGGAGAACGCGAGACUGCAACAUCUUUUUCAGGAUUUGUCUCAAACAUUCAGAGGACGUCAUCUCUGCCGAACCACCGUGCACUUUCGGUACGGGUCAAACCAGUGUCCUCCGGGCGGACCAGAACUCUAUAUCCAACAGCGCAGCCAUCCGAGUGCCUUUCCACUUCAAGUGGCCGGGGACAUUCUCUCUUAUUAUUGAGGCAUGGACUGCAGAGUCUCCCAAAGAGCAUCAUGACUACACAGAGAAUCAAAACAACCUAAUUAGUCGUUUAGCAACACGAAGACGCUUGUCGAUUGGGGAAGACUGGUCGCAGGAUGUUCAUUUUGGCGAGCAGAGUGAGCUGCGUUACUCUUAUCACGUUUUCUGCGAUGACUUCUACUUCGGAGAGGCAUGUUCAGAUUACUGCCGUCCCCGUGACGACACGCUGGGACACUACACUUGUGAUGAGAAUGGGAACCGGGAAUGUCUGCAAGGAUGGCAGGGAGACUACUGCUCUGACCCCAUCUGCUCUUCUGACUGCAGUGAGCGACAUGGUUACUGUGAGUCACCCGGUGAGUGUAAGUGUCGUCUGGGAUGGCAAGGGUCAUCCUGCAGUGAGUGUGUACAUUACCCUGGCUGCCUGCAUGGGACCUGCUCGCAACCGUGGCAGUGUGUAUGUAAGGAGGGUUGGGGUGGCCUCUUCUGUAACCAGGAUCUCAACUAUUGCACUAACCAUAAACCAUGUGCUAAUGGCGCUACCUGCACCAACACUGGACAGGGCAGCUACACCUGCACCUGCCGGCCAGGAUAUGGUGGCACAAACUGUGAACUGGAGAUCAACGAGUGUGACUGUAACCCCUGCAAGAAUGGCGGCAGUUGCAACGAUUUGGAAAAUGAUUACUCCUGUACAUGUCCUCAGGGAUUCUAUGGGAAGAACUGCGAGAUCAUUGCGAUGACUUGUGCGGAUGACCCAUGCUUUAACGGAGGGACAUGUGAGGAAAAAUUCACUGGUGGCUAUGUUUGCCGCUGCCCCCCAACCUUUACUGGAUCCAACUGUGAGAAGAGACUGGACCGCUGCAGCCACAAACCAUGUGCUAAUGGCGGUGAGUGUGUGGAUCUGGGUGCUAGCGCUCUGUGUCGUUGUCGCCCUGGUUUCACUGGCCCACGAUGUGAAACAAAUAUCGAUGACUGUGCUCCCUAUAUGUGCCAAAAUGCUGGAACCUGCAUUGAUGGCAUUAAUGACUACACCUGCACUUGUACAAUGGGCUUCACUGGAAAAAACUGCAGCCUCCAGGCAGACGCUUGUCUCACAACCCCAUGUUUACAUGGAGGAACAUGCUUCACACACUUCACAGGGCCAGUCUGUCAGUGUGUGCCUGGGUUCAUGGGUCUGACCUGCGAGUUCCCUGUGCAGGCAGGUUUGGAGCUGAUGGCUCCCCUAUCUGGGCAAACCUCACCUUCAGCAGUGGCAGUCUCAUGUGUGUUAGGUUUGUUGGCUGUGUUUUUGGGAAUGUGUGUGGCACUGGUUGUGAUCAGGAAGAGGAGGCAUAGGCUGCGCAGACAGCAGCUGUGCGAUUCUGUGUUUAAUGAUUUGGAGGUGAAUAAUUUAGACAGGCAGCUCUAUCCCUAUGACGGAGACUUCAGUCACUCUGUGAGUCAGGUGAAACCCUGCAACACUGAGGGCAGACUCAGUCUCUCAAUGGCUGGCUCUAACACACUGCCUGCUGGGCAGGACUUCCUGUGGAGCGCUGGAGGAGGGCUUAGAUGAGACAACACAGACAAAAAUGUGUGUAAAUGGCUAUAAACACACUCAUGCAUAUACAUACUACUGUAUGCAUACUGUAUGCAUAAGUUAUACACAGAAAAACACAAAUAUGUUUAUGCACAUACACUCACAUGCAGCGAUGAGAAUUUGGAUUUAGCACUUGCUUUUGUCUUAAUCUUGAAUGAUGAAUGAAUGCAUAAGUAAACAAAUGAAUGAAUGAUGUAUUAACAACAAAGGGAUUGGACCUUUGCCAUCUGUGUAGGUGGAAAACUCUGUAAACCAAAAAAUAAAGAAACAAACAAAACCAACAAGCACACCUCUGUGUGCUUGGCUCUGUGUAUCUGUUUCCAUAUGAAGACAGACACAGAGCCCUUAAAGGAAUAUUCCUGGUCCGAUACAAGUUAAGCACAAUUGUGGCACAAUGUUGAUUACCACAAAAAUUAUUUUGACUCGUCCCUCUUUUUAUUUACAAAAAAUUAAAAACAUCAAGGUUACAGUGAGGUACUUACAAUGGAAGUGAAUGGGGCCAAUUUUUGGAGAGUUUAAAUGCAGAGAUGUGAAACUUAUAAUUUUUAUAAAAAAUAUGGGGUGGCUGUGGCUCCGGUGGUAGAGUGGGUCGACCACUAAUCGCAGGGUUGGCAGUUCAAUUCCCGGCUCACAUGACUCCACAUGCCGAAUUGUCCUUGGGCAAGACACUGAACCCCAAGUUGCUCCCAAUGGCAGGCUAGCGCCUUGCAUGGCAGCUCUGCCAUCAUUGGUGUGUGAGUGUGUGUGCGAAUGGGUGAAUGGGACACAGUAUAAAGCGCAUUGGUAACCGCUAAGGUUAAAAAAGGUGCUAUAUAAGUGCAGACCAUUUACCAUUUAGAUUGUCAUGGCAAUGAAUUUGUAAAAUUGGCUAUAACUUUACACAGAAAAGUUUAGUAAGUGAUUUGAUCACACUAAAAUCAUGUUGACAUGCUUAUUGUUAAUGUCAUGUGGCAAUACUUUUGGAGUCAGUAUUUUAAUGUUUAUGGAUUGUCCACAUUCAACUUCAUUGCAAGUGUGUCACUGUAACCUGAUUUUUGCUUUAUUUUUAUUUUUAUUUAUAGAAAAAAGGUGUGUUUCAAGGUAAAUUUUUGUGGUAAUCAAUAUUAUGCCACAAAUGCUUUGGAUUGAGCUAAACUUGUAUUGAACCAGGAACAUUCCUUUAAAGCUGAAAAAGACUUAGGUUACAGAACUCUGUAAACAGAGAACUGAUAUCUUUAUACAAAGAUAAAGGAAUUAAAAUACCUCUAAGAGAACUAAGUAAGGAAAUACCUCUAAGAGAGAAAAACAAGAGAGCAUGACAAGGUUAAAUGCUCUCCAGUCAAACUGUGGCCUCAGUUUACUGUAUACAACUGACAAAAACUCACUCUCAAAAGGAUAAUAAUAACACCUUAAUUCUUUUUUUUACUGCAAUUCUGUUUGUCAGAAUGUUUUCACGCAGCUUUAUCUGCUAAAUCUGUUUAAAUAAUAAUAAUAAUAAUAAUAAUAGCACACACACACACACACACACACACACACACACACACACACACACACACACACAGGGCUGUAGUUUCCAGGGGGUUGGGGGGGUAGGCAUAUGCAACACACAUGUAUGUGUGUGCGUGUGUGUGUAGAAGGGAAGCAAGCAGAACACAGUCAUGAAUAUGAUAAAACUAUGUUCUUAAGACCAAAUGUGAAGGUUUUCCUCAAGUUUUGUAUUGCCUUUUAAGCAGUGUAUAUUCUUCCUCGACUGAUACGAGGAAAUUUGUGUCAUUGGUUAGGUUAAAUUACAUGAAAACAGAUUUUUCAAAGGAGUUUAUGUCUAAUUAAUGUUUAUUUCUUCUGCCAGAUGUUUCCCAUUAAUGUAUGCCUACGUUUCUAUUUUGCAUUUUUGUACUUUUGCUUUCAAUCAUCGUCUUGUCUUUGUAAAGAAUUUAUGUUAAUUUAUUUUGUA